AUGGCACCCGUUUUCAAUGAUCGAAUUCCCACCAAUCUCCUGAUUCUUGAUUCGAAGAACUAUGAUAAAUGGGCGAAACAAAUGAAGGUCUUGUUUGGUUAUCAAGAGGUGCUUGAGAUCGUCGUCAAUGGAGUUACACAAUUAGGGGCAGAGGCUACCGACAUUCAAAGAGCUACAUACAAAGAAGAGAAGAAGAAGGAUUACAAAGCUCUAUUCUUGAUUCAUUCGUGUGUUGAUAACGACAAUUUUGAGAAGGUCGACGAUUGUGAAUCGGCGAAGCAAGCAUGGGAAAUCUUGGAGAAAGCAUAUGCCGGUGCCGUCAAAGCGAAGGUUGUAAGGUUACAAACUUACAAGCGACAAUUCGAGUUAACACAAAUGGAAGACAAAGAAACGAUCAACGACUACAUUACGCGCAUUACCCGGUUAGUUAAUCAAAUCAAAUCUUGUGGGGAAACGAUUCUUGAGCAGAAUGUUGUAUCGAAAGUAUCGUGUUCUUUAACGUCGCGUUUCGACAACAUAGUUUUGGCUAUUAAAGAAUCAAAGGAUCUAACAACUUUGAGCAAGGAUGAAUUGCAAAGUUCGUUAGAGGCACAUGAACAAAGGAUGGAUGAGAGAGGCGCCGACAAAGCCAAAGCGGAGAUUGCUUUGCAAGCGUGUUUCAAUGAAAAGAAUAAGAGGUCAAAAGGAAAAUUUGCGGCGAGAGCCAAGGUUGUUAGGGAAGAGGUCGAUGAUGAGGACACACUUCUAGUAAUGAUCACGGAGGAGAGUUAUGGCAUUACGGAUGUUCCGGGCAGCAACUACAGUAGUGACAGUUUGCGGGACAGCGGCUGUACCGUUCUGGAAAAUAGCAAGAAAACGCAUUCGGAUCGAAGUGCAUUGGUUACCGUUCGUGAUGGAGUCCAAGGGAGAGAUGAGUGGUACUUGGAUUCCGGUUGUUCAACAUAUAUGACGGGUCGAAAAGAUUGGUUUGUGCAAAUCAAUCAAGCGGCAAAAAGUAAAGUCAAAUUUGCCGACAACACCACUUUAAGCGUCGAAGGGGUAGGAGAUGUUUUGAUCAGAAAAAGGAAUGGUGGACAUUCAAGGAUCAAAGAUGUCUUGUAUAUACCGGGAAUUAAGUGUAUUCUUUUAAGCAUUGGCCAAUUACUUGAAAGAGGAUACCAAAUUCGUUUGGAGGACAAGAUUUUACGCGUUUUGGACUCAAAUGGUGUGUUGACUCUAAAAGCGUCGAUGGAUGCCAAUAGAACCUUUAAGGUUGAGUUAAAGGUUAUGGAGCAUCGUUGUCUAGCUACCGCGGAAAGUAGAGAUUAG